UUUAAAAUAAACAAAAUUUUUAUUUAUUCAAUAAUUUUAUAUGAUAAAUAUAAUACAAGUAAUUGAAAUAAUAAUUUUAAUUAAAGAAAUUAUAAAAAUUUAAAAUUAUCAAUAACAUCGAAAUCAAUCUCGCGCGUAAAUAUCGGUUCGAUAGUAGUAAAUUGAAACGAUUAUCUCGAGAUUUUUCCUAGCGAGAGUAUCGAAUGAAUGUAGCGUGCACGCGCCGUAGCUGAAAAACGUAAGCUCGGAUACUACGCUUGUGCUAGUACGUGCUCCGUACACGAAAGUUAUUCACACACGCUAUUCAUCGGCUUGUGCUCCUCCAUUACGUACAUAACGUGAAACGUAAGACGCUACAUACUGGUCUAUACGUGUGUCGUGCAGGUGUAUAUAAGCAGAGUUGCGCACGUCGUACACGAACACCAAAACAUCCUUUCGAUUGAAAUGUGAUUUUGUGCUAAAAAAUGUGUUUAAAAUGAUUCGUAUAACCUUCAAUAUAAAAUUAAUAGCUAAGUGACAUUUGUAAGAAAACUAAUAAUUCACGAAUAUCAAGAACAACCGUUAAAUAACAUUUUCGACGGGACAUCAAAGGAAUUGAGAAAGGGCGAAUUUGAGGGCCACUGCACAAGCGCGAAGACGAGAGAGAAAAUUAGAGAACGAGAGAGUGAGAAAACGAUAGGACGCUAGGUACGGUGCUACGGUGGUAGUGAAUGGAACGCGGCCCCCACGGGUGAGCGUAGUACGACGCUCCACGGGCUAACGUUGCACCAAUGACCAGCCGGGACGGACGAUCACGUGACGUGCGUGCCGAGGCAGCAGCAGAACAUUGCAAAUGACAAGACGCGUAGGGCAUUGUCGUCGCGCCGCCGCUACCAACGUUCUCGUCGUAGUUGCUGGUGAAUUCGUCGCGCCGUUAUCGUCGUUGCUACCAUUAUCGUUGAUGAGAUCUCGUCCGCCACCGAGAAGGCAAAUAUUAUAAACGAUUCUGAAAUCUGUCCUCGCUGCUGUCGGCACCACCGCUGCUGUCGCCGCGUGUGCGCGACAAAGUCGCGGGUGCUCGGAGGCCUCGUGCCCUGAACGGUGCCCGCGGCGCCCCGUCCUUAGUACAACAUAUUUGAAACAGUGUACCAAACGCACCAGCAUCAAAGGCCCGAGUGCCACCUGUCUAUAUGACAAAAUGUCGGGAUCACAGCGAAUGCGAAAAUCCUCGCCAUGCUCGACAUCGAAGCAAGGCCCAAUGCGCGCGACUCUACCCGUAAGCUCGCUGCUAAGACAAGGCCGGCAGGGCAGCAGUCUCAGGAAGAGCAAUAGCAACAGUCCCACCGUAUCGCCAACAAAUGCGAGUGCGUGGCGGGCCCGCAUCUCGCCGGAGACUUCUUCCUCUGGACAACGAAGCCCAGGUUCCCUCUCUUACAAAGCAAAAUCAAAAACAUUAAGUGGAAGAUGCAGCGAAAGUUUAAGUGGAAACCAAAAUAUUCGAAGGACAGCAUCAUUAGAUACAAUCUAUUUGAAAGGACAAUGGCCUCGUGAUUCAUAUUACAUUCAUUCCAGUCUUCUUUUGGUUGAUAAAUCUACACAGACAGAAGAAUGGUCUAAUGAACCAAGAAAAUUACACACACGUCAUCCUACAGAACAAACAACCACUGAUGAAAAAUUGGAAAAGUAUUUUAGGCACCGGUUACAACGUACAAAUAAGGAAGGCACCAGCAGUAGAGAACGAACAGCAGUAUUUGGACUUAUAAUGCCAGGUGGACCACCGCCAGCUUUUCCUGCAGAUCAUACAGUUUUACCCAGUAUUGCUUCACAAACGUCUAUACACAAUCAAUUUGGUUUGAGUACAAAGGCAAGUCCUAUGAAUAUCCCUGUGAAACCAAUGAGGCCUCCAAUGCGUUCUUCUAUUGAAGGAUUAAAUCAAGAAAUUGAAGGAUUAGUUCUCAAAUCCACAACUAACCCUAGUGAUCCUGAUCAUCCAGUGGAAGAUAAAUAUGCGCGAUAUCGUGAGCAAAUUACACCAGAAGGUCAUCGUGCACCAUUAGCAGAUUUAUUGAGGGCUACUCGUAGCGUGAACACACAAACACCAGCUACUGACCUUCCCUCCAGUUCUUAUUCUUCAGGCCCUCCAUCUAGGAAUUCUGAGUCUCCGCUGAUUCCUGGUCUUAUGGAUGCGUCCCGUCCGCCUAGCGAUCUCUUACAAGGUGGAAGUCGUGGUUCAACUCCUGAACAAGAUAGAGAAGGACGUCUUGGCACCUCUCCUCACAUUAAUAGGUUCCUUGCAAGAGAACCACCUGAUGGCUGUGAGAAAGUCAAUCUCAAAUUUGUAGAGGAUGCCAGGCGACCCAUGAUAGACUUGAGCAAAUUAGACUAUUGCCCAAAGCCGUGUGUAGCAUUCCAGUUAAAACCUAGCUUGGGAUCAGCGUUCCUGCCAUUACAACAGCCAGCCAGUCCAACAAUGGUUGCCAGUGCAUCACCUUCUUCGCAUACAACACCAACUACACCUCCUCCAAAUCCAUAGUCCUGCUCUUUACCUUACAGAAUAAUGUUCACAAACCCGAUUGGUAUAUAUAUUUUUUUUUAAUGACCUCAUGGGUAGAAAGUGGUUUACUUUGAUAUGAAAGCUUAUACCAACAAAGAAAAGUUACCGAAAAACAGCCUGUUUCCAGUGCGACCCAAUGUUCGUUCGGGCAUCGUGAAUGUGUAAUUAAAAAGUUAUAAUUGCAUUGAUAUAAAAUAUUGAAAGCAUCUGAGCUCCGUUAAUGUUUCAAACAAUAAUAAAUACGAGGAACAAUAAUUUGUGAUAACUAAAAAACGACAUUUAGGAAUGAACAUUGUGUUCUACAGGGAGAAAGACUAAUAAAAAUUGUGUAUUCUAAAUUUAGUGCUAAAAUGUGCUAAACGACUUUAGUUUUGUAUACAGGGAUAAAUAUUCAAAAUGUCAGAGUAUUAAAUUUGAUUGUUGGAAAAACAAAAUUAUACAGAUAAAAAAUGGGUACAUGUGCCUGGAUAUGUACACCGGUACCCUUUUAUAAACUUUUCAUUAGAUCUUUAUCACUUAAUAAUUCGAAUUCAUAGUUAAACAAAAAACACUCGUUAGAAUUUUGUAUCGUUUUGUAUUAUUACUCAUAUGCUAAAAAUAUUCAAAUUAUUAUUAUAUGAGGAGCUCGAAAAUAUGUAUCCCUAUGGUACAUUAUUUUUUAGAAUUAUAUUCUCUUAGAAUUAUACACGUACAUUCUUUACUAUUUUUUUUAAGAACGCGUAUGUAAGAUAAAGCAUAAAUUAAUUGUCACGAUAGUUUAUUUUGUAUUACGUGUACAAAUGUGCACUUUUGCAUAGCUUCUUUUUAUAGUAAUGUCUCUUAGGCAAUAAGUUUCUAUUUUGAAAGUAAAACAAGCACUUUGUUCAAUUAUAGUGUUCAGUGUCAUAAAACAACUUAUGGAAGUUAAGUUAAUUGCAAGAGUAUAUUCUAUUGUUUAAUAAUUAUAUUACCAUAGGGUUACAAAAUUUUUGAUUUAAUAUGUUAUGUUAGUUUACUAUCUGAAUAUGUACAACCAAUACAGCAUGCAAUGACAGGUUGAUGGAUGUAUGAUAGAAUGAACCUAAUGAUAUAAGGUGGAAAUGUAAUGAGUAAAAAUAUGACAAGUGGUAAAAUUAAACAUUGAUUGAAGUAACAAAUAACGACAUGUGCUUUAGCCAGUGUGGUAUCAGAUGUGCAUACAAAUGGCUCCCUAACUUGGCACAGUAUGGGUGUGCGUGUAGGGUUUUGUAUAAACGUGGAUCAUAGUAAACAAAUUUAUAAUCUACGUUCUAUACAAAUAAGUAUGCAUGUGUUGUAAUAUCAGAAUCCUGAUUAAGCCAUCCGCGAAUAACAAUGAAACUUUAUUAUCGAAAUAUUAUACUAUAAGUAUUUGGAGUUUCAUCUUUAAAAUUUAGUUAUUUAAAUUUGUGAUAAUAUUUUUUUAUUAUGUUAAUAAUUAUCAAUUGUUAGUUCUUUUAUUAAAUGUUUUUACAAUAAAAAUAAUCAAAGAAAUAUCAAAUAUUGUUAAUAAUUUUUAUAUAAACAAAUUACUUACUUUAAAAAAAGAUCAAGAGUUAUUUGUGUGAUGGCUUAACUUAUUAUUUAGUAUAUGCAGACAUAGCCACUCAAGAAGUUCAAUUUAUUUUUUGCUUUCUAAUACAAAACGUUUUGCAAACAAUUUUAUAGUUAUGGUCUGAGGAAUAAGGAUCUUAAUAUAAGAUCAAGAGCAGGGAAGAACAGUUUUUUAAAUACAAUAGUAAUAUACUUUCUAAUAUUAUAUUGUAUCUAGCUACAACAGUGAAAAAUGUUAACACAUAAAGUACCUGGCACACUGGUCUAUGCUCUCUUUUAUCCAGCUCACUAGAAAGUUCAUGCCUUAGAAUGCGUGGCAAAGUGUGCUAAAUAGACAGGAAGGUUAAUGAGAGAGUCAGGAUAUAUACAAAAUGCACUGGCUAGUUAACAAGUAUACAAUACAAAACUAAUCUGCUAUCUAGCUUAAGAAGAUUUUCUUUUAUUUAUUUUCGCUAUGGACCUAAAUAACAUCUAUCCCAUUGCUAUAAAAUACAUGAAUGUAAACGUAAAGUUUGCAGGCGCUCUAAAAAAAAGAAAAAAAAUUUAUCGAUCAUGUAUUUCAUCUGUUGGCGUAUUUUUACUUAAACAGAGAAAAGAAAUGUUUUAACGUUACAUGUAUUAAUCAUAGUGAAUAAAAAGUUUCAUACUUUUACUAAUAAGCAAAAAAGAAAAUUACUUUAGAAGAAAGCUAGCCUUAUUAUUUUUGACUACACUCAUGAGGCUCCACUUUUUAACCUUCAUGUACUUGCAUAAUGUGUUAUCAUUAUUGUUAGCUUUUGUUGUCAAUUUCACAAACAGAGGAAUGUGUGUAAAGACUGCUAAACUAAAGAUUACUUGUUAUUUGGAUAUACCUAAAUUUAAAGUUAAAUAAAAUUAGGCUCAAAUUUCUCCGGAUACCUAUGAAACAAUAUAGGUACUCUUUAAUUCGUUAACUAAAUGAUCCUUAUGUGACUACUGUUCGGUACAUUCUCUUUACAUAUCUAAAUCUGAGCAGGCUUCAGAAUGGCAAAAUGAUUAUGUCAAUUACGAAUUUAUUUAUCCCUAGGACUGUCCAAACGUAUCGUUGUAGUAUCUCGCACAAUAACAAGAAAAAAUACAAAGAUUGUUGAGAUUUGUAAGAUGCUCAGUCUAAAUUUUUUAUUACGUAAAAAUUGUAAAGAGAAAUUUUGGAAAAUUUUAUAUAUUUCGUAAAUUAAACGCAGCGUUUAUUCAUUAUUUUUUAAUAAAUAUUUAAAAUAUUA